UUCAUUUGGGAUAUGGAGUGGGUGAUGGAGAUGUAAUCCUCUGCAACUAAGCUCAUUUCUUUCCAUCUCUAUUAACCGUAGAUCUCAUAUUGUUCCACUCGGCAGCAAUCCAACGAAAUCAUUCCUUCUAUUUUUGGUACAUAAUCUAAACGGAAACAUUGUUUCCGUGAUUCGUUUGUCUUUGAUUCUAGCUGUCUUCGUCCUCGUUUAUCUCGCUCUUCAACUUCAAAACUCCAAAAACAAAAACUGAAGAAACAGAAUCCCCGCUCGGAAAGUAAAAGGAACUUCCACAGAGAGAGAAAGAAACGGCGUAGUUUUAAAGAGAAAGAAAGGAGAUGACGGUCAUAGACUUGAUAACGAGAGUCGACGCGAUUUGCAAGAAAUACGAAAAGUACGAUAUCGAUAAGCAAAAAGAGGCUAACGUCACCGGUGAUGACGCUUUCGCUCGCCUUUACGGCACCGUUGAGUCCGAACUCGAUGCCGCUCUCCAGAAAUCAGAAGCUGCCGCAACGGAAAAGAAAAGGGCUGCGGCGGUUGCUAUGAAUGCGGAAAUUCGACGAACAAAAGCUCGAUUGCUUGAAGAACUCCCCAAAUUACAACGACUCGCUCUCAAAAAGGUAAAGGGGCUUUCAAGAGAAGAGCUUGAGGCUCGAAACGACUUGGUUUCUUCACUGAAAGAUAGGAUUGAAGCAAUACCAGAUGGAUCAACGACUGCAGCUCAGCAAAGCGAUGGUGGUGGUUGGGCAACUUCGACUUCUUAUGCUGCCAAUAAAAUUGACUCAUCUUCAGAUGGGGGCUUCGAAAAUGAGUACUUUCAACAAACUGAAGAGUCUGACCGCUUCAGGCAAGAGUACGAAAUGCGCCGAAUGAAACAGGAUCAAGGUUUGGAGGUUAUAGCUGAAGGUUUGGACACCCUGAAAAACAUGGCUCAUGAUAUGAAUGAGGAAUUUGACAGACAAAUGCCACUGAUGGAUGAAAUAGAUGAGAAGGUAGAUAGGGCAGCCUCAGAUCUCAAAAGCACAAAUGUGAGACUUAAGCAUACUGUUAACCAGCUGAGGUCAAGUCGCAACUUUUGCAUUGAUAUCAUUCUCUUGUGUAUAAUUCUUGGAAUCGCUGCCUAUUUAUACAAUGUGUUGAAAUGAGACAAAUCUUUCCACGAUUGUGCUCUUCCAUGCUGGUAUACGAGUUUGUAUGGAUUUUGAAUCGACCGUCCACUUUACUGGUGGUAUAUAGAUGAUCUCUGUAACUCGAGAUUUUAUACGUAUUAAUUUCGUGCGUAAUGUUGUAACAGUAAUUCCAUCUGGUUUCCUGGACGUAAUGCCCAAGGGUUUCACAUCAUACAGCUAAGUGCUACUAACAGCAUCCAUUUGGUGGCAGAUAGGCUACCCCUAUGAACCGCACAUUUUGUCGCUAGGUAUGGAAAACCAAUAAAUAAAUAAAAAAACUUGUGAAACUAUUCAAAAGUAUCUCACGCAUGCGAAUUCGAACAUAGUAACCUAUGUUGCCUAUGUUGAAGUAGAAGUCUAGAGCUGGUACAAGGAACGGACCGAACGGUAACUACUUGCUACUUUUUGUUUGUGUAGUACUGUACUUGCACUAUAAAAGCCUUUAUUUAUAUACGGCAAAUCCAAGGCUGGAAGAGCUUAAACCUA